GAGUUAGUGUCAUCUGAAACAUCAGGAGAGAUAAUCCCAGGACACGCCCAAACCACAGGGUCUGCCAGCAGCAGCAGGAGGAGGAGGAGGAUGAGGAGGAGGACCGGGUGAAAGUGGAGCAGAGGGAGAGGAGGAAAGGAACCGUCCCCCUGUCAGAGGCAUGCGGGGCUCGUCCUCUCAGACCUUACGUCAGCCGGAGCUCUUUAACAGGCUGUCAGGCCGGGACGCGGGGCAGAGGAGCUGCGGUGCGGGACGAGGAUGACAGCGGCGGGACCCGGAGCAGGAAGGAGCGCACCUGCGCUCUGCGGCGCGUCGUGCGCUUUUUAAACUGGACCAAUUCUGGAUUCAAUGCAUCGGCACAUCUCCACCAGUGAUGAGGUGGCUCCUGUUGUGGAUUCUAGCAGCAGGCGGGAUUCAACAGGCCUUCUCCCAGAAUUCCACUGCCAUGCCGCCUGCCACGGGCGUCACGUCCCCAUACGUGGACCCCUACAACCGGACACAGUACUGCAAGUGGCCCUGCGAGUGUCCGGGGGCCACCCCCGCCUGCCCACCGGGUGUGAGCCUCCUCAUGGACGGCUGUGACUGCUGCAGGACCUGCGCCCGGCAGGUGGGCGAGGUGUGCAACGAGGCCGACACGUGCGACUACCACAAGGGCCUGUACUGUGACUACAGCUCGGACAAGCCUAGGUACGAAAAAGGAGUUUGUGCAUAUAUGUCGGGAACGGGCUGUGAGCACGACGGUGUGAUCUACCGUAAUGGGCAGAGCUUCAAGCCCAGCUGUAAAUACCAGUGCGUGUGUGUGAACGGCGCCAUCGGCUGCGUGUCGGUGUGCACGGAGUCCCAGCCGCCCCGGGUGUGGUGCCAGACCCCACGUCGGGUCAAAGUUCGGGGACAAUGCUGUGAGCAGUGGAUCUGUGAUGAACCCAAGAGGGGACGCAAGACGGCGCCGCGACACGCAGUGGAGGCUUUCACAGCUGAGACUGGGAGCUGGCAGAAGAACUGCAUUUCCCAGACUACCUCAUGGAGCCCCUGCUCCCAGACGUGUGGCCGCGGCCUGUCCCUGAGGGUCUCCAACGCCAACGAGCAAUGUGAGCUGGUCAAAGAGUCCCGCCUCUGCAACCUGCGGCCCUGCGAGGUGGACAUCACCAAGCACAUCAAGCCGGGGAAGAAGUGUCUGAACAUCUACAGGGAGGACCAGCCCUCCAACCUCACCAUCUCUGGCUGCACCAGCAAGAAGCUGUACCGGCCCAAGUACUGCGGCGUCUGCACGGACGAGCGCUGCUGCAUCCCCUACAAGUCCAAGACCAUCGACGUGGAGUUCGAGUGUCCGAACGGGACGGGCUUCACCUGGAAGAUGCUGUGGGUCCAGGCCUGUUUCUGCAACCUCAGCUGCAAGAACCCCAACGACAUCUUCGCUGGGCUGGAGAGCUACUAUGGUUACCCAGAAAUCAUGAACUGAAGAAGCACCACGUCAGCUUGAAGACGUCUGGACUUAGCUCCACCUUCUUUUUAUCAUGGAGUGUUUUGUAUUUGUAACGUGUCAGACGGAGGGAAGGGAUUUUCAUGUGGUCUUUUUUUCCUAUUGGAAAAAUCUGUAAAUACGAAAUAUAUAUAUAUAUAUAUGCGUCUCCAGAGCGGAUUCAUAAAGCAUGAUGUGCUUUGCAAAUGAAAAUAUUCAGCCACUGAGUGUGUGAAAUAUUGAAGGCUUAAUUUAUUUAUGUAGCUUUCAGUAAUGUAAUAAUAUAUGUGAUGUUCUCCAGCUGCUUUGGGAACAUCUGUAAACUCACAAGUCGAAUACAUGAUGAGGCUUUACUGAAGAUAUGUUUUCCUUAAUGUUCUUUAAGUGAAAUGCCAAAGACUGUUUAUCUUUACAAAUGAAAAUCACAAAUAAACAAAAAGAGGCAGUCAGGGAAGAUCUGUUACAAGGUUUUUAUUGUCGUUUUUUUAAUAAAUACAAACUGUUACGUCAUUUGAAUGCUUUUCUACGGCAUUAGACGGUUGUGUAUCGCAAACUUUACAAAGCUGUGUAUGUUUGUGUUCUACCAAGCGGAAGACAAAAAAAAACGCUGCUGUAGUGAAGUAAAAUACGGGAGUAGAAGGUGUUCAGGUAAGUUCUACGGCUAUCCUCAUGUUAACAUGCGGAGCUAUCACUUCACCCACCCGAAAGAAUCCACCACCACGUAGGAGCAUCUCGUCUAAAGAGUGAACGAUUCCGUGGCACAUCUUUGUUCCAUUGUGAUUGAUUGCAUAGAAAUCAUCAUAAAAAUAAAAGAGGAAAAAAACCUUUUUGUUUGAGGCCACGAUCCAUUCAAAAAAGCUUCUGAGUUUGUGAGUGGUUUUGAUUAAUGGCGAAGCUGACAGACUCAUGACAGAUAUGUAUCUUUGAGUUAAAAGUAGUUAAAAUAAUAAGAUGUUUAAAAAAAAAUCAAGGAUAAUGGACACUGCUGAGAUGAAACAACAUUUUCCGUUGUAUUUAAAUGAUCAACUUGAUGCACGUCCCUUAAUGUUCAAAGUCACACUUGCGAUUUGAAAAGCAAACCGCCAUUUAUUUUAAAGAUUUAUCCACGAGUGCCUCCACAUUCUCUACGUCUACAAAUCUGCCCCUACGUACCAACGACAACACGUCAGACAUGGAAAACAAGGAGAUAAAUGAUCGGACAAUUACAGUGAACAGAAAACAGUCAUUUACAGUCAGGUAUGUUUAAGAAAGCUGUGUCAAUAUUGGUAAAAAUGGAUAAAAACAGGGUGAGGAAAUGCAGAAAUGGACAUUUUAAACAACUUUCUUUUUUUUCUCUUUUUUUUUGUAUAUAUAUGAGAGGUUAUGAGCGAUACAUGUACGAGCUGGUGUCCACAGCUUCCUCCGACAUUCUCUGCUUCGGUGUUCCCAGAUGCUGCGUUGCCCCUAAAGACACACUCGCCUGACACCGGAGCUCAGGAGCAGUUCAGAUGUGUAGGAGUCCCUCAGAAUGUUAAAACAGGCUUACACUUGACCCCUUGACCUCCUACUCAGGACCUCAUGUUUUCUAAUUGGGGCCUCUCAGCUGCACUGACUCCUCUGCAGGUGAGUGUCCUUUGUGCGUUUUUACAAAC